AUGAAAGAGACAAAUGAUAGAAAAGUGACUCUUUCACCAGGGCCCCUUACAGAAGUUGUCUUGGGAAGACACGACCCUCGAGAUAUUUCAAGUGCCUAUCUCAGAAUUACUUUUUUGACCAUUCUUUCUGCCUAUGGUUAUGAUCUAAACAGAACAUGGGAUUUUCACAUAGGGGCAUAUGGUCACCCUACUGGAAAAUACAUGCCACUCAUGGAGGAAAUCGAGAAACUCGUUGCUAGCAGAGUGCAAGAGACCUACAACAAUGAGUUGGCGGGAAAGAAUUUCACCUAUGAUGGUGAGAAAAGUUUAGUCAUUAUCAGAUCCCUUUCGAAUAACAAGAAUGAUCCAACUGUUGUACUUAAGGAUGAUAUAUCUAAGAGAAACAAUAGGAAUGCAAGCCCUGAUGGUAAUGAUAACCCAAAUAAGCAUGAAAGGAAGAGAGCAAGAUGCUCUUAUGAGUCAAAUGUGUUUAAAGUGGAGAUAAGCUUUGUUGUUAAGAUUCCCAUGCAAGAAAUUCAAAGUACUCCGUGA